AGGCACUAGAUUUGGGCAUCACAGGCCCUGAAGGAAUAGAGAUCAGCCGUCCGGAGGAGCUGGAAGCCGAAGCAACCCACCGUGUUAUCACCAUUGCCAACAGGACUCAUUGUCCAGUUUACCUGGUCAACGUUUCCAGUAUCUCUGCCGGAGAUGUCAUUGCUGCCGCUAAGAUGCAAGGUAAGGUUGUCUAUGCAGAGACUACCACUGCACAUGCCACAUUGACAGGCUUACACUACUACCACCAGGACUGGUCCCAUGCAGCUGCUUAUGUCACAGUGCCCCCUCUGAGGCUGGACACCAACACUUCCACCUACCUCAUGAGUCUGCUAGCCAAUGACACUCUGAACAUUGUAGCUUCUGACCAUCGGCCCUUUACCACAAAACAGAAGGCAAUGGGCAAGGAGGAUUUCACUAAGAUCCCUCAUGGAGUGAGUGGUGUACAAGACCGUAUGAGUAUCAUCUGGGAGAGAGGCGUGGUGGGAGGAAAGAUGGAUGAAAACCGUUUUGUGGCUGUCACUAGUUCCAAUGCAGCCAAGAUUCACAACCUGUAUCCCCGAAAGGGCCGCAUCAUACCUGGAGCUGACGCUGAUGUGGUUGUGUGGGACCCAGAGGCUACAAAGACCAUUUCAGCUAGCACUCAAGUGCAAGGAGGAGACAUAAAUUUAUAUGAAAACAUGCGCUGCCACGGGGUACCUUUGGUCACUAUCAGCCGAGGACGAGUUGUGUAUGAGAACGGAGUCUUCAUGUGUGCCGAGGGCACAGGCAAGUUCUGCCUGCUUCGAUCCUUUCCAGAUACUGUGUACAAGAAGAUGGUCCAGAGAGAGAAGAGCUUAAAGGUUAAGGGAGUGGACCGCACUCCCUACCUGGGGGAUGUAGCUGUGGUUGUGCAUGCUGGGAAAAAAGAGAUGGGAACUCCACUUGCAGACACUCCCACUCGGCCAGUCACUCGACAUGGGGGCAUGAGGGACCUUCACGAGUCCAGCUUCAGCCUGUCUGGUUCUCAAAUCGAUGACCAUGUUCCAAAGCGAGCCUCGGCUCGGAUUCUCGCUCCCCCCGGUGGCAGGUCGAGCGGCAUUUGGUAAAGACGCUGACCAGCCUCCCAACUAAGGAUGCAGCAGCAGCCAGCCAACCCACCUUCUGGCCACCACUGCAGGUUGCAUGGGGAGGCUGGGCCAGACAGUCCAACACCCGAGAAGGCGGGAGGGGGGGGAAGGGAAGGGCACACAGGACACUUGGGAGCACUUCACAUGUCUGAAACGUCAUUCACUAUGCUUUGAGCCAAUCCUAACAAGCACUUUGGGACGAUGCUCCUCUUGCUGUAGUCCUUUCCUUUCCUGGCCUCAGCAGGCUGCAUCUGUGGGCCAGGGGGGACCCGGCACUAUGCACUGACCGCAAUGCAUAGGCAGCAACCUCGCCCCAACUCUCACACUUGCCUCAGGCUGUUUGCUUUGUGAGAAAGCACCAGCUUGAAUGGUCUUCUUCCUAGCCUGGCCAGCCAAUGUCCAGGGCACUUUGGCAGAAGUGUUUCAAAAGAAAAGGCCUCCCUAUUUCCUUCCCAUGCUCCUUCCUGUCACUUCCCCCUCCUUGGUAACCAUAUUUCCCGAUCCUGCUAGAGUCUUUGUUCCCCAGCCAUGUCUAAGACUCCCGCCCCAUCCCAUAGUUACUGAGUUCAUCAGUGGUCCCUGUUCCAAGCCAAGGCAUUUAUACAGAUGAAGCAAAUGAACCCUUUGCCAGCUCCCUCUUCCCCUCCCUCUUCCUUCCAGUCACCCUCCCACACUUACAAAGAACAAGCAGCCAAGAAGAAAGAGCUGGGAGCUGGUGCGAGGCCUCGUGCCAUGCGCGUGUAAAUGAUUUUGUUUUGCACGUUUGGUUUGAGCAGUGGUUUGGUUUGAUUUGUUAGUGCAUCAUGUGAAAAAAAAAACAGUGCUUUGUGUCACUUAGCGUUAGGAUAGAAAUGAGGAUAGACAUGAUCCUCAAGAGAUGCUGCAGUCAACACCAACCCAAGAGGCAGGGCAGGUAUAGAAAAGCCCCCAUCCUCCUGUCCCCCACAUUGGGUGUUCCCGAUGGUUAAAGGGCAAAAAAAGUCCUGGAUCCACCCUCCCCCAAGCCUGAUAGAUAAGGACACAGCUCCCAGAUCCUCACGUGGACCAAAAUCAGGAACCUGAUCCUAUAAGAAUGGCCUGGGCAUCUAUUAUUUAAAAAAUUCAGACUUGUAUGGUCUUACCCUCUUCUUGCUGAGCUCCCUGAGCUGGCCAGAGCAUUCAGGCAGAGGCCUGGGUUGUCCUCCUUUGUGACUGGUGAGAACCCUCCUGCCUUUCAAGAGAGGGGGAAAAGGAGAAGUAGGAAGGGAGAAGGGUAUCGAUAAGAAGAGAGGGAGUUUAGGCAGGAGGGCUGCAGCUACGGGGUCCUAUAAGGUUGUAUGUAGGACAUCUGUGGCCAUGCCUCCAGCCAGCCUCACCCCCACCCCUAUGCCUCCAGCCAGCCUCACCCCCACCCCUAUGCCUCCAGCCAGCCUCACCCCCACCCCUGUGCCUCCAGCCAGCCUCACCCCCACCCCUGUGCCUCCAGCCAGCCUCACCCCCACCCCUGUGCCUCCAGCCAGCCUCACCCCCACCCCUGUGCCUCCAGCCAGCCUCACCCCCACCCCUGUGCCUCCAGCCAGCCUCACCCCCACCCCUGUGCCUCCAGCCAGCCUCACCCCCACCCCUGUGCCUCCAGCCAGCCUCACCCCCUCCCCUGUGCCUCCAGCCAGCCUCACCCCCAUCCCUGCCUGCUGCCAUCCUCUUCUCAAGAUUCCUUAUGUCUCAGUCAAGCCCUUCCCCAACAUUGAGGGGAUUCUUUACUUGAAAGGAAAUGAAAUCUUAGAGACGGUCUGCCUUCCAACAUUGAAGACCAACUGGGCUUUUCAGACCCAUUGGAGACCUCAACUACAUAAGGGUGGAGUCUCCAUCUAUUACUGAGUGACAUUCUCUCUUGACAGAAGAAAGGAUAAGAGGAGUUACCCAGGCCGGGAGAUACCCUUCUUUUCUUGGGCUCUAUUCCAGUUUCUUAGUUUUAGCCCUGCUCUUGCUUAGACCAGUCUUCCAUCUCCUAGAGCUCACAGGAAGCCAAUCCCCCAUAGCUCCCAAGCUCUCAUAGGAGCUCAGCAAUGCCCCCUUGUUAGUUUCAGGCCAGAAGUUGCCAGAAUUCCCCCAACAGCUUUGAUCUUGCACCCUUGCUGUGGAGAGGAGGCAUGAGACAACUUCUGGUUGCCAAACCUCACCAAAUAAUUGCAAAAUCACUUGCAAAAUUUGCCUCCCAAGUGAAUUAUAUUGGCAGGGCAUACCUGCGUUUGUUUGGUUGUUUUUUUCCUCUUAUGGCCAUUCAGUCUAAUGCAGACAUCCUUAAAACUAAGUCCUUUGUGUCUAAGCUAAGACUAGUAGGAUAUUAGAAGCUUGUUUUGUGUUUUGAACUCUAGCCUGCUGUGGCAUUUUUACACCCAGCCUCUACUCCCAACCCAAUUUCAGUCUCUCAUUAGCACACUGGAGAGGGCGAGUCACAGCUAGCCAGAAGAUGAAAGGGGAAUAGUUGGUGGGGCCAAAGGAGAUUACAGGGGGUUAUAGAUGUGGCGGCCAAGUAGGCAAUAGGUUGGUCAGGACCCAGCAUGUAAUGACUGCAGCUGAGGUGGGGAGUGAAUUCCAACUUAACCCCAUAAGGCUAUAAACGCCUACUAUGGCUGCUCUGGUCUCUAGUCUCUCUGUGGUCCUGAAUAAGACAGCUAUUACCUUUCUCCCCACUUUCUAUGCAGUGGGACUGGGCAGAUGCCAAAGAGCAUAGGAGAGAGCUGACCAGCAUGGCAGGCCAGAACUACCACAUAUUUUUGCUGGCAGAGCUUUUCCAUACAGGUCCCAAUACUAGAAUUUUAGAAUUAAAGUGCCCAGUACAGGGAGGAGGGAGAAAGGGGAGCAGUGGAACCACAUUCCUUCUCUCACCAAAAUUGCAGGUCUGAGAAGCUGUUGUUUCCCCCAUCGCACCCCAACCCUCCUGACCUCUAUCCAUGACCUGCCCACACCAAAAAGCUUCUAGCUGGAAAAAUCAGGAGGUGGUCCAAAAUGUCAUAAGAAAUAGCCAGUGUCUCCUCUUCCCCCAGUCCCGCUUCUCCUUGCCCCUUUACAGAGCCCAGAGCCACCUGGAAGACAUACUUGUCUCUCAUGGUUGGAAUGUAAAAGGGUCUCUGGUUGCAUUGAAUGCAGCUCUCAAACUGGUCUUGUACUUGCUGGAAUAAAUGCUGUUUUUCUUGCCUUA